AUGAUCGGGACCUUGCUCGCGCGUCGCGGCUUCGCGUCCAGCGCCAAGCUCUCGAUGAAGCCCAUCAACCUCAAGCUCGUCGCGUCUUCGUUCCUGCUGCAGGUCCAUCCAGACGUGCUCCAGUUCGACAGGCGCGGCCUCAAGGACGUGCACGAGUCGAUCAAGGACCGCAACGAAGACGCGCUCAAGCAUCUCAAUGCGUUUCUGGACAUGGCCGGCGCCGGCUGCAACGGCAACAUGACCAACGACCUCUUGAACACGCGAAGCUUUGCCUUUGACUUUCACGUGCCCGUGCCCAAGAAGCUGGUCAAGCGCCACACCAAGCCGCUCGUCGACGUCGACGGCCAAGCCUAUUUGCGCAUCCGCGAAAAGGUCAUCCUCCCGCCCGAGCUCUAUGACAUGACACUGCAGUCGAUCUCGCCGCUUGGCACCAACAUCAUCGACAAGACGGCCAUGCUGUGGCGGAAGUACACCAAUUCGGUGCUCUCGAGUCUGUUUCACCAAGCCGACAUCCCCGUCGUCUCGCAGCAUGCCAACGGCCAGCUCCUUCCCUGGGACGAAGACCUGACCGAGACCAGUGCCGUCGGUGAUGGCAGUGCCCGCGAGGCCGAAGACAUUGAAAAGAAAUUUCGCAAAAUGCUCACGCGGGAGCGCAACAUUGUGUUUAAACACACGACGGGCUUUGAAGCCGACGUCCAGCGCCAUCGCGUGCUCCUCGAUCUUCUCAAGCGCGUGCACGUCGGUGACAUUGCGACCGCUGACCAAGAGAGAGCGUUCAAUUGGCUCGGCGAAGUGCUUCUUCGCAACUUUAUGGAGCUUCGCCUCCACAACUUGAUCUGGAACCGCGUCGUGCUCAUCCUGACCGAGGACCCAAACCUGCACAAGCACGUGAUUGACGAUGUCUCUGGCGUCGCGAUCGUCCUUGGCUUCACCGACGACCUCGACGACGUCGUUCGCUUCCUCCACGACCAAGUCGAGCAGCUCGAGGCCAAGUUCAAGUCCACCGAUAUCGUCGUUUCCGAGGCCACCAAACCCAGCAAGUCCAAGCGCCGUCCGUCCAAGCGCUCAUAACUUCGAUCAGCCUAACACGACGGCUUACCUUUAUGAC